AUGUAUACUACUAAUAAAAUAUCACAAUUUCGUAUAGGUACACUUAAUGUUCAUUUCUUUACUGAUUCACAAGGACAAUCUAAUGUUUAUCGUCUUGCUCAAAUCAUAAAACCAAUGUCAUUUGAUCUACUUGCCAUUCAAGAAGCACUUAAUACUGAUCAACCGUCAGGUGUUGUCUCUGACAGAUAUUAUCAUUUUCAAUUACUUUCCGAUUUACUUCAGUUACCUUACACUGCAUUUUGUCAUACUUCACAAGGAUUUGGUAAUGCUAUUCUUUCACGAUUUCCACUAAACAAUAGCUUCAAUUAUAAUACAGAAAAAGUUGAAAAUCACUAUAUACGUGGAAUGCUAGCAGUACAAGUUAAUCAUGAGUUCUUCAAUGAUAAUGAUGCUACAUUUUAUGUUACUCAUUUAGAUCAACUUAGCGAACAAGUACGUUUACUACAGAUGAAACAAUUAGAAGAACAUGUACAAGUCUCAGGUCUACAACUGCUUGUAGGUGAUUUUAAUUCAUUGACAUUUGACGAUUAUUCUAAUGAUUAUUUUAAUGUUAACAUUCAUGAUGUACGACAACAAAAUUCAUGGGAAGAUCCAUUCAAUCUAGUAACAGAUCUAAUGAAAACAAAUGGAUAUCAUGAUUGUUGGCGAGAAAUGAAUAAAGAAGCUAUAAAUGAUCAAGCUAGUACAUGUAUAUACAAGACACGAAUUGAUUAUAUUUGGAGACGAGGAGAACUGAAGAAUGGAUGGGAAAUGAAUGAAUGUAGAAUUUUUUCAAGUGAAAAUGCAACUGAUCACAAUGGUGUCUUGGUUAAUUUUACAAAAACUAGCUAA